CAGAAUAUUACAUCAAUGUCGCAAUUGGAGGGUUGUUCGGAUAUAAUUUUCCUCGGAGCAUGCGUGAUCAUGAGAGAAGGGAUGGGGAAAAAUCGAUCGUAAUGUUUCAGUCGUUGCAUCGUCGACAUCUGUUAAGUAUCGAUGGAUGCUGAUCGAGACUUGAAUUUCGCGGUCGGAUGGAAUCGAUUCAAUUUGAGUCUCAUCGGCAUUUGGCCCGGUCCGCUACGAAAUUCUAAACAGAAGGUCGGACUUUCCCGAUGUCGUUUUAUAAUAGCUGGUUUCUUCAUGCUGGGUUUUAUGUGUAUACCGCAAUCGGUGAAUUUGAUAUUCAUCUGGGGUAAUGCGGAUAUGAUGACCGAAAACUUGGCGACCGCUAAUAUCCCAGUCGCAAAUUCUUUCAUGAAAGCAUUCACCACCUGGCGUCAACGAAAAGCUUUGAAGCUGUUGGUCAACUUCUUCUAUCAGGAUUGGUACACGCCGAAAACAUCUGCAGAGAGAACAAAUAUGCUAAAAACUGCUAAGCUUGGGAGAAGGAUAUCCAUCUGGUGUACAGUACUAACGCAAACAAUGGUGACCAUUUAUAUCGUUCUGAGGCUCUCAAUAAUCAUCAGGAUUCCACGUAGUGACCCAGCUCGUCCUAUGCUUUAUACGGCUUAUUUUCCCUUCGACAUUAACCGAAGCCCGAUUUUUGAAUUAAUUUGUGUGUGUCAGAUUCUAUCGGCUUAUAGCGCAACAGUUUCUUAUACAGGUAACGACUGUUUCAUCUCCAUGCUAGUGCUCCAUAUCUGUGGCCAGUUCCGAAACUUACGCGAGAGGCUCAAGAAUCUCGUUAAUGAAUCGAAUGCAAAAACACCCGACAAGUUCAAAAAAGAACUGAGGCGAAUCAUAAAGAGACAUGAACAUUUAAAUUGGUUUGCAAAAACAAUCGAGGACUCUUUCAAUAUGAUGAUGUUAAUACAGAUGCUUUCUUGUACUGUUCAAUUGUGCUUUCAAGGAUUUCAGGUUUUUAGAAUAUUAAUAAACAAAGAGGAGCAUGGAUCAGUAACGUUCCAAUUAAUUUUUCUAGUUAGUUUCGUAGCAUUUGUCCUAACUCAUCUGUAUAUUUAUUGUCACGUCGGUGAAAUGCUGCUCGUUCAAAGUACUGAGAUAGGAUUCUCUGCGUACGAGUCGAACUGGUUUAAUUUGCGAGGGAAACAAGCGAAAAAUCUUCUGUUUAUGAUGCAAAGAUCGACAACGCCUCUUACCUUAACUGCUGGAAAAUUUAGUGCAUUUUCUUUACAAAUGUUUAGUACGAUUGUGAGAACUUCACUCGGUUACCUCUCAGUGUUGCUCACUGUAACCGGUUCGGAGAAGAUAAUUGAUAAUAGUUAAAAUUUACUUUAAUUAUAACAAUUGUUAUAUAGGUAUUAUUAUUAAAUGAUAGAAAAUUAACUUGUGACACUAAAAAUAUAGUUCAGCUUCCAUUUUUAAUGGAACAAAUUGUCUAUAUCGUAUUUUAUAAGUGUGCUCAAAAUAAUCGAAAGAUUAUUCUUUUUAGAUUAAAAAAAUACUUAAACAAAUUGUAAGAUAAUUUUAAAAGACCAAUUAAGGCGCUGUUAAAUAUGCAAAUCUUAUUAAUUUUUACCAAACAGCGGUACAUUGUUUAACAUUUUAACUGUUUACAGUUUAACAUAGCAAAAUUAAUUAUCACAAUAAUUCAUGCUCAUAAAUUUUUCUUGUAACGUGUUAAAAAGUAAAUAACAAAAGUUUAAAAAA